UAGGAAAACUGCUCAGUCGCCGAUUUCGUUAACGUUCAACUAGUAACUAUAUACUUACGUGAAACAACGCGCUAAUCCUACAGUAAUUUAAAAGUGAAUUGCCGUUUUUAAAAACACUUAAAUACGUUAGAGAUGAACAAGGAACAAUCAAAAAAGCUUCAUAUACCUUUUCCGACAGGUCCACACGCAACAGGAUGUAUGGAAUUGAUGACAGAAUAUUCCAAAGAAGGUUGUUUUGCGAGGAUAUUUUACCCAACUAACAUUCCAUCUGAUCAAUUGGGUAAAUACUCAGAUAAAUGGGUUCCAUGGAUUCCAAAUGAAAUGUAUUUGAAAGCAUUUGCCCAUGCUCUUCGUUUACCUUAUUUCAUAUUCAAGUAUUUUCCACCACUCAUCGGUCAAGCACCCUAUUACAUACCAACCAUUAGUGAUGCACCAAUAUCGGACAAAGAACAAUCGUAUCCCUUAGUCAUAUUUUCACAUGGUUACGCAGCAACGAGAUUUGUUUGCUCUGAUUUUUGUAACACUUUAGCGUCGUACGGAUUUAUAGUCGCUGCUAUUGAACACAGAGACAAGUCAUCGCCUACUACGUUUUACUAUGACUCUCCAGAAAAUGCAGAACAGGACAAUCCCACGUGGGUCAAUCAUCGACAUUUUCAUCAAACAUACAACUCGGAUAAUUAUAUCCUGAAAAACAACCAAUUAAAAGUUCGGCAUAGAGAAUGCACCAAACUUCUAAACACAAUUUUAGAUAUCAAUGCAGGCGUUUCUGUGAAGAACGUACUCAAAUCAUCAUUUGAUUUAAAACAAUUCAAAAACAAGAUUGACGUUAAUAAAAUAAUAACAUCCGGUUUUUCAUUUGGUGGCGCAACCUCGAUGUAUAAUGCAUGUUAUGACUGUCGUUAUAAAGCUGUUAUAGUUAUGGAUGCUUGGAUGUUUUCGUUAAAAUCAGAACCUUUAAACAUUCAACAACCAAUAUUAUUCAUCAACACACAUACAUACAACUUUGAAGCCAACAUAAGAGUUAUUCGCCAGUAUUUCUAUUCCAAAGGUAUUCGACAACUAUACACAAUAAAGAAAACUACUCACGAAAGUCCCACGGAUACAGCUUUCAUACAUGGUCACUGGUUAGACUUGCAAAUGUUGAAGAAGUUAGAUGCUAAAACAGCAUUAAAUCUGCAUAGUAGUCUAGCAGUGCAAUUUUUACACAGCACAAUCGGUUGGCCGACAAAUUCUGACAAAGCACAAAUAUUUAUAAAAGAACAUUCCGACGACUUGGUGGAAGACUUAAUUUGUUAUACAAAAAGAAUAAAACGAAAAAUUGGUGUUUAUCCUUGGUGAACAUUGCAAAUGUAUAGAAGAAUAAUAACAAUUAAUUGUUGUUGUUGUUGUUGUUUUUUUUUUUAAAAAUAAGUUUUUAAAAAUACGUGGUUUUAUUAAUUUUUAAGGUUUAAUAAAUAAUAGGUUUAUUCAUUUUUACUGUAUGUAAUUUGAAUUAGAUUUUAAGAUAAUGUUCAAAUAAAAUACUAUUUAAAUUAAAA